GCGCAACAUGACCAUGAUGAACGACGCCGACGCGACGUGCAAGUACACGUACAAGCCGUGCAUGAACCCGCGCUCGACCAAGCGCAAUGGAAAGCCGCACCUGCUUUGUGAGUUUCACCGCGCCAAGGCGAACGCGAUCCAAAAGGCGUAUGCGACCAAGAAGCGUCUCCACAAGCAGGCGCAGCAGACGCAGGCGACGAGUCCGACGGCGUCCGAUGAGUUCUGGGCGUCCAUGAACCUCGACGACCACCAGUGGUCGCUGCCGAUGGACCUGACCAAUCUUGACGACGACGAUGUGCCGCUCACGGCCGAGGACUGCGCGAUGAUCGCCAAUCUCUUCUUCCAAGAGCACACGGUCGUCGAGCUGUGAUGGCGCAGCGAUACCU